CAGUUCAAGAAAGAGAGGCUCCAUUGCAUUGCGUUGCAGAGUGAGUGAGUGAGAAGAAAGGGUCAAAACAAGCCAAAACCCCAACCCCAAUGCACUCUCUCUUUCUCUCUCUCUAGUCACACUCUUUCAAAUAUCUUCUUCUCAUGUGUAGUAGCAUCAUUUCAAUAGCAACAAGAGAAAGUGAGAACCCAAAAAGCCUUUUGUUCUUGAUUCUUUCUCUUUACAUACACUUGCACUCUUGUGUUUCCUUCUUUCCUACCUUCUGCUCUGCUCUGAACUCCUUCAACUUUGUUUUUAUUCUUCUCAGAUAGAGAACCAUCAUCACAGUAUCAAUAUACAAUAAAAAUAAUACUAUUAUAAUCUUCAAUAUUCUAUAUAGUUACUCACUGGCUGAGAACUAUAAGGUGAAAUGCAGCAGCACCUGAUGCAGAUGCAGCCUAUGAUGGCAGCUUACUAUCCAAACAACGUCACUACUGAUCACAUUCAACAGUACUUGGAUGAGAACAAGUCCUUGAUUUUGAAGAUUGUGGAGAGUCAGAAUUCUGGCAAGCUCAGCGAGUGUGCAGAGAACCAGGCAAGGCUACAGAGAAAUCUCAUGUACUUGGCUGCAAUAGCUGAUUCACAACCUCAACCACAAACCAUGCCCGGUCAGCAGUAUCCUGGUGGUGGUGGAAUGAUGCAGGGAGGAGGAGGAGGACACUACAUGCAGCAGGCUCAGCAGAUGACACAACAGCAACUAAUGGCUGCGCGUUCCUCGCUUCUCUACGCGCAACAGCAGCAACAACAGCCUUACUCAGCACUCCAACAGCAGCAUCAGCUCGGUGGUGGUGGAACCUCAGGAGUACUUCACAUGUUGCAAAGUGAAGCAUGCAGUAAUAUGAAUGUGGGAGGAAGUAGUAGCUCUGGUGGAGGAGUAGGAGGGUUUCCAGACUUCAUUCGCGGUGGCGGAGGAGGAGAUGGUUUGCAUAGGAGUCUUAUAGGAGGGGGUAGCAAGCAAAGUGAGAUUGGGAUGGGUUCUUCAUCUGAUCAAGGACGAGGCGGCGGUGAUGGUGGUGAAAACCUUUACCUCAAAUCUUCUGAUGAUGGAAACUAAACUAGUACUCACUCACUCAACUAGCUAUAUCUAGAUCCAUUUUGGUUUAGUUAAUUGUGAACUUUUAGCUUAUGAUGAGUUAGUUAGCUAGGAGUUUAGUAGUGAAUUGUGAUGAAUUAGCUAGCAAGCUAGGUGAAAAACUUAAUUGGAUAAUCUUUGUUGUGCUUAAUUUAGGCAAACUAUUUUGUGAAAUUUGAAUUUACUUGCAUUGAAUGAAUG